AUGUCUUGUACAAGUGACCCUUGUCAAAAUGGAGGAACAUGUCAAGACCACGGGUUUCACUACGAGUGUCAUUGUAUGCCUAACUACGAUGGACUUAACUGUGAAAGAGAACGUGGUGCAUGUGAAAGCAAUCCGUGUCUGAAUGGCGGAACCUGUCUGACAAGCACAGACAACGUAUAUAGAUGUGAAUGUGUAGAAGGAUAUGAAGGGAUGCAAUGUGAAAUAGAUAUAGACGAAUGUGAAAGUUCUCCUUGUCACAAUGAAGGUGUUUGUGUUGAUGGAACCAAUGGCUACACAUGUGAAUGUGAACAUGGCUGGGAAGGUGAAAAUUGUGAUUUAGGGUUCUAUUGUAGAGGAGAUCCAUGUCAUAAUGGCGCAACUUGUGAGCAAAAAGAGUGGGGGUAUGAGUGUGUGUGCCAGUCCGGAUAUGAAGGUCAACACUGUGACAUAGAUAUUGAUGAGUGUGCCAGUAAUCCCUGUCACAAUGGCGGAACAUGUAUAGAUCAAAUAGAUAGAUACAUAUGUCAGUGUGAAAGCGAAUGGGAAGGUGACAAUUGCGACUCAGACAAAUAUUUCUGCCACAGUAAUCCUUGCCAUAAUGGCGGCACAUGUAUAGAGGAAGACGGAGGAUACCGAUGUGAAUGCGAAAUAGGUUGGGGAGGAGAAGUGUGUCAGCAAGCACCUCAUUGUGCAACUGAUCCAUGCCAAAAUGGUGCAACCUGUUUAGAUAACGACACGGGAUAUCGAUGCCACUGCAAACCUGGUUAUGAAGGAACAAACUGCCAAAUAGACAUUGACGAGUGUCAAAGCUCUCCUUGCUUGAAUGGAGGUACGUGCAUUGAUGGUGUUGAUGGAUACCAAUGUGAGUGUGCAGAUGACUGGGAAGGAGACUACUGCCAAGCUGGUUACUACUGCUCUAAUGAUCCUUGUCGAAAUGGUGGAAGUUGCGUAGAUGUGGAUUUGGGGUAUGAAUGCCAUUGUAUACCAGGAUAUACAGGGAUUCACUGUGAAACAGAAAUAGAUGAAUGUCUCAGUGACCCUUGCCAUAACGGAGGGACAUGUGUUGAUGAUAUCAAUGGAUACACUUGUCAAUGUCAGAGUGGUUGGGAAGGUGACCAAUGCGAUUCAGGAUUUUAUUGCAGAAGCGAUCCUUGUCAGAAUGGGGCUACCUGCGCUGACACUCAGUCAGGUUAUCAGUGCUACUGUCUCACAGGGUAUGAAGGGAUACAUUGUCAAAUAGAUACAGAUGAAUGUCAGAGUGACCCAUGUCAAAAUGGAGGAACCUGCUUUGAUGAAGUGAACGGAUAUCAGUGUGAAUGUGCAGAUGGGUAUGAAGGAGACAAUUGUGAUUCUGAUACAGAUGAAUGUCACAGUAACCCAUGUCACAAUGGAGGAACCUGUAUUGAUGAAGUAGAUGGAUAUCGGUGUGAAUGCUCAGAUGGAUGGGAAGGAGACAAUUGUGAUUCUGAUACAAAUGAAUGUCACAGUGACCCAUGUCACAAUGGAGGAAACUGUAUUGAUGAAGUAGAUGGAUAUCGGUGUGAAUGUUCAGAUGGAUGGGAAGGAGAAAAUUGUGAUUCAGAAAUAGAUGAAUGUCUCAGUGACCCUUGCCAUAAUAGUGGGACAUGUGUUGACGACAUAAAUGGAUACACUUGUCAAUGUCAGAGUGGUUGGGAAGGUGACCAAUGUGAUUCAGUGAACGGAUAUCAGUGUGAAUGUGCAGAUGGAUAUGAAGGAGACAAUUGUGAUUCUGAUAUAGAUGAAUGUCACAGUGACCCAUGUCACAAUGGAGGAACCUGCUUUGAUGAAGUGAACGGGUAUCAGUGUGAAUGUGCAGAUGGAUGGGAAGGAGACAAUUGUGAUUCAGGGUACUACUGCUCUAGUGGUCCAUGUCAAAAUGGUGCAAGUUGCAGGGACGUGUCACCGGGUUAUGAAUGUAACUGCUUACCUGGCUAUACGGGAAUAAAUUGUGAAACAGAUAUGGAUGAAUGUCUCAGUGACCCCUGUCACAACGGAGGAACAUGUGUUGAUGACGUGAACGGAUAUCAUUGUGAAUGUGCAGAUGGUUGGCAAGGUGACCUCUGUGAUUCAGGAUUCUAUUGCAGAAGUGACCCUUGUCAGAAUGGGGCUAUCUGUGAAGACACUCAAUCAGGUUAUCAGUGCUACUGUCAACCAGGGUAUGAAGGGCAACACUGUCAAACAGAUACCGAUGAAUGCUCGAGUAAUCAAUGUGAACAUGGAGGUACCUGUGUUGAUGAAGUGAACGGAUAUCAUUGUGAAUGCUUGGAAGGAUGGGAAGGUGACUACUGUGAAUCAGACACUGACGAAUGCCAGAGUAAUCCGUGCCAUAAUGGAGGUACUUGUCUUGAUGAGUUGAACGGGUUCUUAUGUGAAUGCGCAGAUGGGUGGGAAGGAGAUUAUUGUCAGGCAGCAAUGCCCUGUGAAGUGGAUGGUACUAUAUAUCCCAACGGCACUGUUCUACAGUAUAACGAGAAUUCGUGUGAUGACUGUAUUUGUCUUUAUGGGAAAGUUGAAUGUACAUACUACUGGGACGAGCCCACCAACUGCGCUAAAGACAGCGACUGCCGAGCGGAUAUGACGUGUCAAGCCCUGGAAUCGGAAUGUCUUCAGGACACCAUGUGUGAUGAUGUACUUAUCUGCAAAGGUGAAGGGGCCGCUCAACAGAGCGUUGAAGAUAGUGCUCCAUGCGCUGGACAUUAUACUGGUACUAUAUCAGAGUGUGGUGUUAUGAAUAUACAAUACGAUCUCUCUGGGAUUCAAGAGUCGGCUACCAUCGCUGCACUGUGUGUUGACCUACUGACAUACCUCAAGCAAAGUAUAGCUGACAUUCCAGAAUGCGUUUCCAUGAAGUGCCAUGACUAUGAAGGUGCUGUGGAAAGCAAACGUAGAAAACGUUCCGAUACAUUAGAUACAAACACACAAUUGGAAAUUAAAAUGGAGGGUGAUGUCGAUGCAACCAUGGCAACACUCGCGCUAAUGAAUAAAGUUGAGGAAGCGUUGCGAAUAGGUAUAGCAGAACAUACUCUACCUGGGGAUCUGUCAGCGAUGGAAGAUGUCGUAGUUAUCGUGGACGGUGGUUGGAGCGAUCCAAUUGAACUGUCAAAUUGCACACGUCCUUGCGGAGGAGGAAAUCAUUUGAUGGAGAGAAGUUGUACGCAGCCCCCUCCAGCAAAUGGUGGCGCUGGCUGCGAAGGGGAUGCGCUGUUCCUGGCAUCCUGCAAUGAACACGAAUGCCCAGAAUUUGCAUCAAAGUCUCCAGUCAAUGAUGAAAAUGAUGUACUCUGGGUCAUACCAGUUGUUGUGGCCACUUUAUUAGCAGUAAUUCUGGUGUUGGUAAUUCUAGUAUUUUUGGUCAGAAGACGCAAGAGUGAUAAGAUGCCAGCUGAUGAAAGAAACAAUGACGACACAGCAUCGGUGUUCGGUGCAGAAAACUACCUGUUUCCUGCCAGCACAUGGCUAGGUCGUGAACAUCGGCGUGAGAGUAACAUUUACGCGGAGACGAUGGGAGUAGCUGAAGCUCGACGAAAAGUCCAAGUGUCGGACAACUCACUGCACAGCGAUGACGAUGAAGGAAUAUUUCAUCGAUCUUCGUCCGGCUCGCUCCAGCUGACGGGCCCACUUGAUGCAUUGCCGUACGAUCUUCAACAUCCGAUCACCGACCAAAAUACGACCCGCGGAUCGUUUUCACGAUCGGUAACAAUGCCCGACAAUGUGUACACGGAAUUCCCUGGUCGUCAAGGUGAACUCGAUGGCGGUGGCAUUUCUGGCACGGACACUCUUAAUUCACGCAUCUCACGUAUAUGGACACCGACAGCAGAGGAGAAUAUCUAUAGCGAUUCCCCUGUAUUGAAGUUUUCACCAAGCUCCGAUGAAGAAGAAGAAUGA